AUGGAUGCCUUUAUUUUUUUACCUGCGGUGUCCGAACAAAUCUUCAAAGACAUACAGAAGACAGAAGAGAAAACUCUAAUUGCUGAUGAUCUGCUCAUUGCGAUAAGAUUUGUGUUUGGCUCCUGUGCCCUGCAGGCCCUGGACCUGGUGGACCAGCGCUCUGUCACCUGUGUCUCAUCCUCCAGUGGAUGGACAGCAUAUCAGGUGGGCUCAGGGACAGGCAGAUGGUGCACCUGCUACACCUCCUGUCACUACUGCCCCUGCCCAGCCUUCACUUACACCGUGCUCAAGAAGAACGAGAGCCUGCUGUGUAAGCAUAUCCUGAUGGCUUACCUCAGUCAUGCCAUGGGACUGUCCCAGCAGGACAGUAGAACUCAAUCCAACAGGUCACUGAAACAAACUCAAAGCCUUGCAGAACCAUCUAAGACCAAGCUGCUAAAGCACAUCCUGGGGAAAGAUGUUUAA